AUGUCACAAACAGAAGAAAUCUUAAAAAAAUACCCUAAAUAUAUGCCAACCCUUGUUAGAUAUGAGGAGCCAAUUGAAAUUAAUGAAGAUGAAAUGCAACUUGAGAUGUAAGAACAAGUCCUAAAUUAAAAAAAAAAAUAAUAACUGUAGCCUCUGGAUCAAAAAUGGUCAAUUGAUGAAAUUUUGAAUAAAUUCUUCCCUCCCAGAAGAUUUGAACACGAAUCACAUUUCUUUAAAUAGGUUGUUAGUGUCAAUGAUGUAAAGAGAGAUGAACUCAAUUAAUUAGAAGAAGAUUUAAAUGAAAGAUUAAUUGUGAGAUAGGCUCGGUACAAUUAAAUUAUAAUUAUAAUAGUAAGAGUGGUAUAUGUCCUGUAAGAGAAGAUUUACAUAGUUAAUUAUUUGAAGAAAUUAUAAGAUAGAGUGCUAUCAAUUGUCCAGAAAGAGGACUUUUAUUAAUGAGAGUCUAUGAUAAUUUGAAAUUAACAUUCGCAGCAUAUCAAACUCUAUAUGCUGGUUCUGUUGUGUUUGGAAAUAGAAAAGCAGCAGAAUCUGAAAUUGGUAAAAGCGAAUAGGAUUCUAAAAUUGCUGAUUAUGAUAAAAAGAAAAUUUAUUUGGAAAAUUAAAAGAUCUUAUUGGAGAAUGAACUAGACGCUAUUUAAAGAAGUUUUAAAGAAAUAAGAGAAUUAGAAAAAAGUAGAAUGGAUUCCGAAAUGCAAUUUUUAAAAUAACAAACUAAACAUUUAGAGCAUUUUCUUAAAUAAGUGCAAUCGAAUUAAUAAUGAUUUAUUAAGAAUAUUAAUAUGG